CUGUCUAAACAUGUGAUGGACAAAGAGAUAUUACCUUAUGGCUAUACUAUAUUUCGGCAUGACAGAGACUCCCGUGGGGGUGGUGUAAUGAUUGCUGUGGCUGACAGUAUUCAAUCAAAUCUGAUUCAGUUAGACUACGACAUAGAAAUGAUCACUGUAUCUUUGUUUAAUGCUCAUGUGUCACUGUCCUGUCUGUACAUAGCUCCUAAUAGCAGUGAACAAUAUCGACAUGACACUCUAAAAUGUCUCAAUAGGGUUGUUUCUGAUACUUCUCUUUCACUAGUUAUUGGUGAUUUUAACUCACCAGACAUAAACUGGGCUACCCUUUCUGCUUCCUCUCCCUUCUCUCUUUCUCUAUGUGAUUUUAUCUUUUCUCACAACCUCAAUCAGCUAGUUUUACGCCCCACUCAUGUUCGCGGUAAUAUACUAGACUUGGUACUGACCAAUCAAAACAACCGCAUUGAUACUAUUCAAGUCGAUGACUCUGUUUGCUCUGCACAUUCUGACCACUCACUUAUUUUGUUCUCUAUUGGUACUAACAGUAAACGUGUUAUGAAGCCAAAUAAACGUGUUAUUUUUGACUACACAAAGGCAGAUCUAGAUAAUCUACACUCUUACCUGUUGGGUCUACACCCUCCCCCUGCUUGUGAUGUUAACUCUGUUUGGUACUUCUUGAAGGACUCGAUCUUAAUGGCUCGUUCACUUUUCAUUCCCUCUGUCCAUCGUACUCCUCGUACCGAUCCUCCAUGGUUCACUAAGGAGAUUAGACAUUCUCUAAAAUGUCUCCGCUCACUACACAGGAGGUAUCAUCACCAUCCUACCUCUCAUCUAUCCUCUCGCAUCUCCUCCUUAGAGUCCUCGACGCUUACUCACAUUUCGUCUGCCAAUUAAGUCCGUAUAUGAGGAGGUACUAUCAAACACAUUUAGCUCUAAUCCUAAGAUG